AUGGAAGCCAACUACAAGAGAAUCUGUGAGAUCCUCGAGGAAGCUCAGGGCGUGCUCAAUCAGUUGCAGCUGAAUGACGAGGAUUACGAGAAGUGGGCCAACCUCAAAGGUCCUCUCAACGGCCUCGACAAGCCCAGAGCGGCACCCGGGAGUCCUGGUGGUCGGGCAGACUCACCAGACAUGGUGGAGUCUGUGAAGAUCGGCCCCAAACCUGAGCGCAGAAGAGCAGCAGCCGCUGCUAUGGACCACAUGGCCCCUUCUCAGUCAGACGACAUCCCGGAUGGUCUCCCUCCGAGGCUCCGAUCUCAGUCACGAUCUGCGCAACCAGUCAAGUCUCAGCCCUCAACUUCAGUCGAGGAGUUCGGAUCAGAAGAUAUGUCUGAGCCAGGCACAUACUCAACAUUUCCUCAUGCAUUCGAAAGUUUUUCGUCGUAUUGGCUUCCCAAGAUUGACGGCAACACUGAAGAGGUCCAUGGCAUCGCUCGUUCUUCCUCCGCUAUGCAACGUCGGAUUCAGGAUGUUCUGGUCGCUGCAAUGGAAGAGGUGGCUUGGCUCGGGACCAGUGACAAGCUUUGGUACGAGAUCGAGAGGCGCUUCAGGGAUCUGUGGGGCGCUGCUGUUGCAUACUCUGCUCGUCUGCCCGAGAAGAGGACCUCAAGCCAGCGCUCCCCAGACUCCGAGGCGCACAUGGUCCACAUACGCCGAUGUGCUCGUAGCUCUCGAGCGGUUGCCGACAGCGAGCUGUAUGAGGCCGGAGCUUUCAGCGACGAAUCCCUGGAUAUCGUAGACUCCAACAACGACGACUACAUGAUCUCAAAGAACGAGCAGUCAACAGCCUUCACAACAUCGUCCGAUUCGGACAUGCCGUCUAAUCACUCUUCGUCAUCUGUGCAAUCCGAUAAUGAUGCAAGCAACUCAGACACGCUGCCGUCUUGCGAACAAUCCAAGGCCAACCUUGAAGGAGAGUCCGUGAAGGUUCUUGCAUGA